AUGGAAUCGCUGCGUAAGAGUCCGAGGACUCUCCCUGCAUCCUGGUACUGUAGUUCAGCUUUAUAUCAAUUAGAAAGACGAGGGGUUUUCAAGAAAGCCUGGCAUUUUCUUGGUCCAGUGACUCGUUUCCAGAAAGAGUUCGAGAAAGUCGUCUACGAGAUUGCGCAGGUGACAAUCGUCGUGGAGAACAAAACAGCAAAGAGGGAGGAUGGUACAGAUGGGAUCAUUGUUUAUGCUGAAGAUGAGAGUACGAAGAUCAAGAGUCACUUGACACCAAGUGGCCUCCUUUUUGCAACUCUUUCCGCCGAUAGUCCAAGCUUCGAAGAUUACUUCGGCGGACUCGAGGAAUUGACAAACAAAAUUGACUUCACGAAACUUCCCCAUCGUCGCAGCAUCUCAUAUGAGGGUCGUUUCAAUUGGAAAACCAUGAUUGAUGGAUAUCAAGAAUGCCUUCAUUGCCAAUACACCCACCCUACCUUCUCAAAGUACUACCCGCCCGCUUUCUACAAAGUAGAAAACCACAACAACUUCAGUCAGCACAUCGCCGAUCCCUCUAAACAAUCCGACGGCCUCUUUCUCUACUUCUUCCCCAUUUGCACCCUCAACGUCUAUGGCGGCGGUAUGUCCUCCUUCCGCACUUUACCCUCGCCCAACCCCGGCGUCUCGCGGAUGGAGUUCGAUUAUUACUAUUCGGGCACGGAUGAGGAGUUUGAGGAGUAUUUUAAGUUCGUGAGGCAGGUUGCUAUGGAGGAUUUUGAGCUGUGUGAGAAGGCACAGGCGAACCUUGAGAGAGGGGUCUAUGCAGAAGGCGUUUUGAACCCGGUGAAGGAGAAUGGAGUUGCUUUUUAUCAGCAGAAAGUCAGGGAGUCUGUCUAUCGGCAACAUGCCGAGGAAGAGGCUGAGAAGGAUAGAGGAGAUAAAGUUGCUCAGGUGGCGGAAGUUAAUGGCACGGCAAGCGUGGUAGUAGCUACAUAG